UAACCUUAAACAUACCUUGAAGAAUUGGAAACAUUACAAGGCAUAUUUAAAUUUGAGAAUUUUAAUAAUAAUUUAAAAUGGAAUGCAUUAUUGGAAUUAAAUUUAAAGAUUUCGCUAUUGUUGCUGCAGAUAUGACAACUGCCCAGAGCAUUAUUGUCAUGAAAAAUGAUGAAAAUAAGUUACACAAGUUGUCUGAUAAGCUGGUUAUGGCCAUUACCGGAGAACAAGGAGAUACCACACAGUUUGCUGAAUACAUAGCAAAAAAUAUUCAGCUUUAUAAAAUGAGGAAUGGUUAUGAACUUAGUCCAAAUGCUGCAGCAACUUUCACCAGACGUAAUUUGGCAGAAGCAUUAAGAACCAGAAAUGCAUACCAUGUCAAUCUUCUUCUUGCUGGUUAUGAUGACCAAACUGGGCCUGCACUGUAUUUUAUGGACUACUUGGCCUCAAUAGCUGAAGUUAAGUAUGCAGCCCAUGGCUAUGGGGGCUUCUUUUCACUGUCAGUUAUGGACAGAUACUAUUUAAGCAACAUGAACCGGGAGGAUGCUUAUGAACUUAUGAAAAAAUGUGUUAGAGAAGUUCAUCAACGAUUAAUUAUUAAUCUUCCUAACUUUAAAGUACAGAUUGUUGAUAAGAAUGGAAUUACAAAUUUGCCUGAUAUAACUGCAAAAGGUUUAGCUACUGAAUUAGCUUCUUAAUUUGUUUUUAUUUACUACAUUAUGCAUAAGGCUUUUAAAUAAAAGGUUUCUUUCUAAUAA